GCCUGUGUGCUAAGCCAUCGGCGUGCAUGGCGAUUUCGCACCCACACAUCCGAGAAUGGUUGCGGGAUAUCCAUGCAGAUUUGGAGGUAUACUUUGCCGAGUUCGAAAAUCUGGGAUACAAUUCACAGUUUUUGAUGGAAACAGAUAGUGAAGAUCUCGAGCAGGACCUCAAGGAUGUGGUGAAGAAGGUCCAUCUUCGUGUGAUCAUGAAGGAACAUGCGAAACUAAAGACCCUGAAACCCAACGAAGGAGCAGCCCGAGUGAGUCCACCAUUUGCUCCCCAGAAAUCGGCAGUGCUGCAAUUGAUACCAUUUGCAGAUGAGGUCGUGGAUUUCCAGCCGGAUCCACAAAGCAUUGGCAGUGGCUGUGUGGUCCUGAUUCCCAUUUGGCGCCUGCGCUCCAUCCAGGGGAAGGUUCAUCCGAAUAUGAUAUUCACAUCCGGAAGACACAAGGACAGUUCUGUCUAUGAACUGAUUCAUGACAUGUUGAGCGGGAGACAGCCUCCAGAGGAGAUCGAACCUCUGCAGGUUGUCGUGGAUGAACAUGGGCUGCACAUUGUCAGAGGACAUCGCCGUGGUCUUGCCCUGUGUGCUCUGCAAGGCAUGUGGCGAUAUCGAACUGUCUGGGCACCAUGCCGUUUGUAUCAUGCCACAGACCCUGAGGUUGCCGACCAAUUUGCAAGGAUCACUACCAUGGUGGAUGGCCUUGGAGUUCAAUUGCAUGGGAAACUUACGGAAGCCUGGCAUUUGGACAAGCCUCUUUUUCGCACUUCGCAAGAGUGGUGCGAUUCAAUGCUUGAUGUGCGUGUGGAAGUUUGCAAAAACCCAGAGGUCCAUCCAAGCCGCUGGCACAAAUCGGACUUGCCAAAUUCCCGAGGUGAAACUUUCAGCACUAGCGCUGCGUCUUCCUCAUGUGCCCCGGCUCAAGGUCCAGAGCUUUGCACGCCGGUCAGUCACCAGCAAGAAGCUGUCGCCAAACAAAGGGAAACAUCUUUUGGCAGCAAAGAUCCCAAGUUUGGCUGGAAUGAAGAGAACCAAUUUCACUGGAAGAGUCAGCAUGACCAGCAAGACCCUGGUGUCAGGCAAGACGCCUUGGCUCCAAGUCAAGAUCAUUGGCGAACUUCUGGAUGGACAAAGCGAGGGGCACAGGUAAGCUCUGUAUCCGACGUCUCUGUUUCCAUGCUGGUUUGCGUGGAUUACGGUGGCAAGCUCUUGUGCGCGGAAGUCGUAGAAGUUUCUUCGCCACAUGUGAAAUUGAGGUACUGCGGGCCACGCCAGGAGGAGGAAUGGAUUUCGAUGGAUCGUUUGCAGAUUCCAGAUUACGCAUCUUCGCACCCAGGGAUGCAAGUCACAGCUUGGCGGGGGAACCGAACAUAUUCCUGCCAUGUUGUGGAAGUGUCCCAGAGCAAAGACUGGCUCCGUGCACCCGUGAAGGUUCGCUACAGUUCCUAUGGAUCUGCCACGGAUGAGUGGAUUGGAAUCGAUCGCCUGGAACUGGAACAUGUCAAGCUUGUUGCGUGGAACGAUGUUUGCAAGGGGCACCAAUCAGAAACAGCCCAGCACCCGAACCAAGAGCCAUGCGAUCUUUGGGCAGAGUCGACAGUGGUGUGUUGCCUGUGGCUGAUGGGAAGUUGCCGCAGCAAGCACAGUCACUAUCAUGGGAAAAGGCUUUUUGUGCACAAGGAUCUCCCGGGUUUGCCAUGUGGCUUCAACACAAGCUGCAAGUGGAAACACCACCAGACAAGGACGCCUACCACCGGGCAUGUUGAGCUUCAAGCAGGCAUGGUGGUUUGUGUGAAGGACGGUUUCUUGAGGAUGCCUGGAGAGGUCCUGAGCAUCUCCUCUGUCUCAACUCGAGAUCCGGUACCACUGAAAGUGCGCUACUGGGCACGCGGCCAAGUAGGCCGUUGCCAGGUCGGGUGGUUUCCCCUGGAGGAGGUGUGGGUACCUGACUAUUCCAAAAUUGAGAUAGGCUCCCAGGCAACAGUGGAGGAUGCUAGCAGUGGCAAACUCUUCCAGUGCACGGUCUUGCGGGUCUCAGAUGAUAAAGACAGAGCCAGCGCCCCUGUGUAUGUGAACUACAAUGACUACGGGUCGAACUAUGAUGAGUGGGUAGGUGCGGAUAGGUUUCACAGCCACCUGCUGAUAUUGCUUCAGCCCGCGCUGCCCAACGAGGGCACAAAGGGCCCACAGGCUCCCCCUGAGGGCACGAAGCGCCAAUCGGGUGAAUGCCUCCAAGGGGCGCAAAGAGUCACGACUGCAACAUGCCGGAUUGAGCAGGACCCUGACGGGAUGCCAGGUGCGGCAAGUAGUGCUCAAUCCUCUACAGAUGAAGUUCAGAGGCCGAGUGUGGCACAGGAUGUCCCUUCAGCAGCUGUCGCAGCCGACCUCCCGGAUGCUUCGGCCUCGAAUGCCAUGCCGUGGCACGAGCCUGACUCGGAGGCUGAUGCCUUCAACCAUGCCCUCCAAGCUACCGAAGAGGCCUUGUCCCAACAAGCGCCUGCAGCGCACUGGCAGCCAAGACUUGAACGGGCACUUGCAGCAGUGGAAACUGAGGGCCUUCGUGGUGUUCUGGAAAAGCAUGGCUGGUCAGGUCAGCAAUUUGUUGAUUCACCAGAGUUGGCAGAGCGCCUGGAAGACCUAAAUGGAGUCUCAGGCUUGCGCGAGGACAGUGACAAUGACUCUGAGGCAGACUCGGAGCCAUCGAUCCCACCGUCCAACGCCAUGGAGUCAUCUUGCGUUGGUGCGCCGAAUGAGUGGGAGGAUCGAAUGGCCAGACAGCCCUCUGUUCUGGACUCCUCGCAGCAGCUUGCCGGGGUUGUGGUUUUCGGCACUUUUCGCCCCAUCGGCGGCAAAGAGGUGACCAAGCGUUCUGGUGAGGUCAUAGUGCAACGCGGACCUCCAGCACUGCAUGGCUGCAAGGUGAAGAUUUGGUGUGGCAAAAACCGGGGCCCCACUUGGGACUAUGACAGAUGCUAUGUCCGAAUCUUGGAUGCCACGACCUCAGCUGUGCUGCACUGGAAUUUGACGACACUGCAGGCGGUAAGUAGAUUUAUCUCUGAGCUUAGUGAGAAAAUAGUACAAGGAAAAGGACACAAUCCAUUCAAGAUGAUGCUUGCAGGGGUUCAAACUAUUGUAUUAUAG